CGAGUGCGCUCCACAGAGCGAGAGAGAGAGAGAGAGAUGGAGGUCUGUAUUGGCAGCAGCAACGCGAUAAAGACGAUGGCUCGGUGCAUAACGUGCCUUGCUCGCAUUGGCAAUGAGAUCGUCAUCCUCGCCAACCCUUCUCAGCUUGUGUUCCACACUCUUAAUUCUUCUCGAUCAUCUUACCUGUCGGUAACGUUCAAAGUUGACUUUUUUGACAAGUACGUACUUUUUGGAACCCAUGCACAGUGCAGUGUACUUUUGAAGGCUUUGUGCGCUAUUCUUAGGACACCUCCCACCAGUAUGGACCGUUUAUCUAUGCGGCUCUCUGACACAGAGGCAACAAAAUUGCAAUGCACCAUAGACUGCACCAAUGGUAUGAAAAAGACCUAUUGGAUAAAUUGCAACGUCCAACCCGACAUUCAACAUCUGAACCUUGAUAAGGGAAAAUUUCCGAGUUAUUUUGUAGUAAAACCUCGUGAUUUCAACCGCUUGCUAUCUAAUUUCCAGGCAUCCCUUCAAGAGAUAACAGUUAUUGCAACUGAAAACUUGCCUAUGACAUCCAGUACUGCAGAUGCUGUAGGAGGAAAGGCAGUCGAGCUAAGAAGUUAUACAGAUCCAACAAAAGAGAACAACGAUGCAUCUUUGCAUACUCAGCUAUGGAUUGAUCCUGCUGAAGAGUUUUUGCAGUACACUCAUAGAGGAGAUCCAGUUGAUGUUACCUUCAGCAUGAAAGAAUUGAAGGCAUUUCUUUCCUUCUGUGAGGCAUGUGAGGUUGAUACUCAGCUGUGUUUUGAGAGAGCAGGCGAGCCUAUAUUGUUGGCCCCAAAAUUUGGUUUGGAAGAUACUCCUACUGCAGAUUUUGAUGCCACACUUGUUCUUGCCACAAUGCUCUUAUCACAGCUUCGAGAAGGAAAUGUUUCAGAGGGAUCUCCUGCUGCACCAGUGGCAUCAGGGAAGCAAGAUCAUGGGAAUCCUCAUGAACAUGUUCCUUGUCAUGCUUCAGCUGGGGAAGCCUCUAGAAGGAUGGUCGUGUCACCAAAUAACUCUCAAAAUCCCUCAAACCAUACUAGGAUCUGGUCUGAACUUUCAGGAAGUGCUGCCAACAGUUUUAGUGGUGAGGAAGAAAGGGUUGCUCCACUUGUAAGAAAUUCCAGUUCCCAACAGGAUGCUGGAAGACUUCAAAGGCAUGAUAAAGAAGAUUAUUUGGAGCCACAACUCAUAGGGGAGAAUCAACCUGCACUACAUUCUACAUCGAUGAUCCAUCAUCCUGUUGAAACCAAAGAUAUGGCAGAGGCUAAUGGCAAUUAUCUUUCCCAACGGCAUCCUAGUAAUUGGAUAGAUUCUGUUGAUGAUGAAGAUGAUGAUGAAGGUGAAAUGUAUGUGCAGUCGACUCCUUAAAAAUGAGUAAAAGUUGUGUGGGCAAAUUUGAAGAUAAGCCAGCUUGCAGAGAAGAUGUGAUAGAAGGUUGUGGGACUCGCGAUUGCUUUCAACCUUUGGGCAGAAUACUACCUUGUCAGUCUGUCAGCCUAAGGCACGAAACGUAUCACUGAGACAGUGUAGCUGGACAUGCUAAGAUGGCUAUGUAUCUCAACGGUGAAGCUUCCUCUUCAUAAAUUACCUUUUGGCCGGGUCAAUAUUGACCAUAUGCUGGCUAGGUACAUAUUUCCGUUCAUUACCAUCCAAAUAAGAAUGAAAAUUGGAUCUUGGCAAUUUUUAACUGAUGCUCCUUUACUUUGGAGCUGCCGUUCCAGUUGUGAUGUACUACUUCUUCCCUUUUCUAAUGAUGAAUUCCAUUCUUCUGCCC